UUUUCGACUUGUUCAGAUAAUCGUAAAUGUUUUUAUAAAAGCCAAGAAAAGAAAAAAGAAGAUUUAUUAAAUUGUUUGUAAGGUCAAGCCGCAAAAUUCGGAAACUUCUAGAAUGACCAUUCAGAGACUGAAGUGUGACCUCAGCCCGGAGUUGACCACAUGUCUGCGGCUGAAGGACUGUGUCCGCCCGGACUGCUGUCCCAUCCGGGACCCGAUUCCCUACGAUGCCGAGUGCUUCGUCGGGGACAUUCGAAAGGAGCUGGACCAUUUGUUCCGGCGCCAUCAGCGCAUGUUUGUGAAGCGCAAGCGACUGAUGGAGAUGGCCGUCCCCAAUCGACGCCACUGCCGCUUUGUGCCCAAAUGCGCCUGUCCGCUCCCGAAGACCAUCGAAAUGGUCCGCCCCUGUGACACCCAAACUCACACACGCACCGAACAAUUGGCUUUGCCCACGGUACGCCGACUGCUCCAAAGGCGGAGAACGGCCAUUUUGGUCGGCGACUCCGUUGGGGAGUCCAUCCUAAACAGGUGGCUGCGCUACAGCUACCUGUCGCUCUACAGUCGUCUCGCAAACACCCAGCCCUUGGUAAAACCAAAGAAAAAGAAGAAGAAGACGGAAAAGCAGUUGGCUCGGCACGAAAAAUACAUCGAAAAAUUGGCGAAGCCGAAGAAAACGCCAAAACCCCCAAAACCGGAACGCGGAGAGGGGGAGUUCGACCCCCAGCGCCUCAAGCAACUGGCGAGUCCCAAGGCUUAUUUGGAGGAAAUCAAGCCGAAAUGGGAACUGACCUCCCAGAUGAAAGACUACAAGGCCACCAAGCGGAUCAAACAAAUAUCACAGCCCGUCAUGCGGGAGAACGUGCACAUCAACGAGACGCCCGAGAAGGUUUCGCCCAAUGCCCUUCACUACAAGCCGAGUGCCCGCAUCAAGGAGAUGUCCGUGCCGCUCACGUCGCGCGAUGCCAACCAGGGAAUGGCGGAUGUCAAGGAGAAUCCUUUUGGGAUCGCUCCGAAUGCGCUCAAGUACAAGCCGAGCACGCGCAUCAAGGAGCUGGCCGAGCCGAAGGAGUUCGAGAAUACGCACAUCCGGGAGAAUCCGUUCGCCAUUUCGCCGGCGGCCCUAAAAGCCAAGGCCUCGCCUCGUCUCAUCGAGCUGGCCAAGCCGAAGGGCGGUUGAAACCCUCUGAAAAAGGGCAAGAGGCUCACCAUAACCAGUACUAUUAUAAUUGGCGUUCUAAGUUUUGCAUUUUGGCUAUAUUUGGUAAUAGUUUUCUAUUAAAUUUGUCGUUGGUUUUUUAGAGUAA